AUGUCCAAUGUCGACUUAUCGAGCGACGGCUUCAUCGGCCUAGACUACGACCCCAGAACCUACAUCCAAGCGCAGUCCUGGCCCGUAGCGGUGGACCACCAGGCCUCGCAGCGAUCCGAUGGAGCGCGAGACAUCUCGCCGUUGCAAACCAGCGGUCACGCUUACGAACAGUCGGUAGCUCAGGAUCCUCAUCUGAUGGUCGACUGGCACUUCCAGCACUUGCAACCCCACCUCCACUACGCCCAUGAGGAGGCCUCCUCCGCCCCCCAGUUCACUACCGCCGGUUAUGGCAUGCCCAUCCACUCGUCCCCCGUGGAUCUCAUGUCCGGAGCCCACGCGCACAUGAGCACGAGCCUGCUGGACGGUCCUUACCUGCCCUUGUCUGCCCCGGCGGACAUGGUGCCCUUCCCCUACCACGACCUCCAGGCCGACCUCAUGGCCUUCCCCCAGCCCGACGGGCUCCCGGACUUCACCACCGCCUACGGCGCCCCCCACAACGUGAUCGAGAGCAGCUCGCCCACCGACACCUACCUGGAGGUCCGAUCUCUGACCAGCUCCAGCAGCGACAACGGCUGGAGCACCAUCGAGCCCCGCCGCUCCCACGAGUUCUUCCCGGAUCAGGGGAUCUUCAUCAAUCCCACCCAGACCCUGCAUGACCGCAGUCUGUCUGAGUCCUCCUACUCGACCUCCUACGGCAGCUUCGUGGAGAUCACGAAUCCCAUCAACUCGCCCAGCUCCGACAGCAACUUCGACAUUGCGUUCAACAACAGCAUGGCCGCCCGUCGCGUCUCCUACGACCACACCUCCCACGGCUCCCAGUCCCCGACUGCCGUCAGCCCUGUAGCCAUUGUCCGGCCCAUCCCGGUGCCAUCCAAGAAGGCGUCCUCCCCGCCCUCGCGCUCCUCCGGGUCCCAGGCGUCCUCGGCCUCGCCGCCGAGUCGGAAGCCGUCCCGCAAGAGUCCGAUUGCCGCCAAGACAGCCGAGACCAAGGUCCGCAAGCAGUCCCAGAACGGCAAGCCGGAAACCGAGAAGCGUGUGGGCAAGCGCAAGGGACCUCUCAAGCCGGACCAGCGGAAGCAGGCGAGCGAGAUCCGUAAGCUGAGGGCAUGCCUGCGCUGCAAGUUCUUGAAGAAGACUUGCGACAAAGGCGAGCCCUGCGCCGGCUGCCAGCCCUCCCAUGCUCGGUUGUGGCAGGUCCCCUGCACGCGGAUUGAUAUUAAGGAAAUCGGGUAUUUCAUGAAGGACUGGAAGGCGGACUAUGAGCGCCACAUCGCUCUGGGUUUUACGGUCGGAAACAUCAAGGGAUUCUCCGAGCACGAGACGACUCUCUUCAUCACCCACGGCUAUGGCCACGUCCUCCCCAUCAAUGCUCGCGAGGUUUACGUGCGCGACGAACAGUGCUUUGGUGUUGACUGGGUCGAAUCCAUGAACCGGGAACCCACGCAGUACGAGGUCGAGACGGCCAAGCUGUCCGCCGGAAUGGAAGGUAUCUCGCAUGCGAUGCUGUCAGACUAUCUGGAUCGCCACAUCGACGGCAACGGCACCUUUGAAAAGUUUGUCGAUGACUACUUCGAGGGUACGCCGUUCCUGACGCAGAUGCUCAAGACGGCCUUCCGGUAUUACUACCGCACGAAGCUGCCGGUGAUCCGGAAGGCGCUGAAGCUGGUCAUUGCGUACAACCUGACGCUCCACGUCACCAUGGUGGAGGGGCUGGGCGAGGAGGAGCCGUUCUCCGGCAAGAUCCAGGAUCAGACCUCGAAAUUCAAGGGCAAGACGGUGGCGCCGGUCAUGAUCAACUUCCAGAUCAAGUGCGCCAUGGCGAACAUGUGGCGCGAGCUGCAGAAAGAUGUGCUGGAAGAGCUGUCUAGUCUCUACUCGAGUGUCUACAGUGGAGACAAGCUUAAGAACUGGCCGACAAUCUUCAUUCUGGCUUCGAUACUGUUGGCGGUGUGGGAGGAGAUGCAGUUUGACUGCCACUACCGGACUCCGGAUGCUGCUGCGGUGGAGAAGUUCUGCAACGAUAUGGAGACGACCCCCGUGGGCGUGAUCGUCGGGCUGUUCCAGGCGAUUUCCCAGAAGCUCCCAGCCUUCACGGAUUGGGAGACGCAAAAGCACCACCACCUGCUGCACUCGAAUCGCGACGUCUGCGACACGAUGACUGAGGUCCGCCAGCACGUUACCAACUUUGAGAGCUACCUUCGCGGACGCUCGCAAUCCAAAUUCAACCGCAAUGACUUCGACUGUUUAUCCAACAAGUUUGUUUCCCGACUUGUGAUUCGCGCAAACUGA